GUGUCGGUGCACAGUCUGUGUGUGGUACAGCGCGCGACGGAGGAACUGGGUACCCAACUGCAGGCUGGCGGUGCAUUUCACAACGGUCGACAUUUUUAACAGAAAUAACCGGUUUAGUCGCCAAGUUCCAAUAUCGGGACUUUCGCGGACUGCUACUGGAUCCAUCGCAGGUUGUGUUUGAAGUUGUCUGCGGUCAAUAGUCGAGAGGUUUCCAGCGUCCGAUCGGACGGAGCGACGCUCCCCCCCUCGAAUCGCUGGCUUUAAAGGACUCUCAGGGGCCAAAGAAGAAGUGUGUAAAAAACAGAAACGACGAUAGAUAUUUUUCGCCUCCGUCAGUCCGCGGUGACGGUAACAAGUCAAGGAUAUUAAGCUGUGUGUGGAUACUAUUUACCUGUGCAGAGGAGGGGAGGAAGCAGCCAAGACAAAGGUACAAAGAAAGGAAAGGCAGAGGAGGUGAUACAUCCAGGGGUUGGGGUCUGAGAGUGCACCUCGCAGCCGAGAAAAGGCUUUGUCCGCCGCCAUCCUGCGUACAUAGGGGAGGGGGUGGCGGUGAUUUACCGCACCUUCAGUGGGAUUACGAAAAGAAAGGGGGAGAAAAACACAUCCAUUCCCUUGUGUAAAAGACUCGACAUGUAUCCACAAGGCCGGCAUCCGGCACCUCACCAGCCAGGGCAACCUGGCUUCAAGUUCACAGUGGCAGAGUCCUGCGAUAGGAUCAAAGACGAAUUUCAGUUCCUACAGGCCCAGUAUCACAGUCUUAAAGUGGAAUAUGAUAAACUGGCCAAUGAAAAGACAGAAAUGCAGCGCCACUAUGUCAUGUACUAUGAGAUGUCCUACGGGCUCAACAUUGAGAUGCACAAACAGACUGAGAUUGCCAAACGCCUCAAUGCAAUUCUGGCUCAGAUCAUGCCGUUCUUGUCACAAGAGCAUCAACAGCAGGUGGCUCAGGCUGUUGAACGGGCCAAGCAGGUGACAAUGACUGAGCUAAAUGCUAUCAUCGGGGUACGUGGACUUCCCAAUCUGCCUCUAACUCAGCAGCAGCCGCCACCUCAUGUCUACCCAGCCUUCAUGCAACAGCAGCUUCAGGCUCAGCACCUCUCUCACGCUGCCCACGGACCCCCAGUCCAGCUGCCCCCUCACCCUUCCGGCCUGCAGCCGCCCGGCAUCCCUCCUGUGACAGGCGCUGGCUCUGGCCUGCUGGCUCUGGGUGCUCUUGGCAGCCAGGCCCACCUGCCUGUAAAGGAUGAAAAGAACCACCAUGACCUGGAGCACAGAGGCCCCUCAUCUUUUCACUCGCCUCUGGCCAUUCCUCUGAAAGAGCGAGAGUCCAGCACGAAUAACUCAGUGUCACCAUCAGACAGCCUGCGGGCAGCGAGCGAGAAGCACCGCAGCUCUUCAGACUAUGGCCACGACUCCAAAAAACGCAAAGUGGACGACAAAGACAGCAGAUAUGUGAGUGACAGUGACGGAGACAAAAGUGAUGACUUGGUGGUGGAUGUUUCCAAUGAGGAUCCAGCCACGCCUCGAGUCAGCCCUGCUCACUCUCCUCCUGAAAAUGGCCUGGAUAAGUCACGAGUGCUGAAGAAGGAUGCUGCCCCCAACAGCCCCGCCUCUGUCGCCUCCUCGGGCAGCACACCAUCUUCUAAGGCGAAGGACCACGCCCAUAAUGACAAGUCGUCCACACCGAGUCUGAAGUCCAACACACCUACACCAAGAAAUGAGGCGCCCACACCAGGAACCAGCACAACUCCAGGACUGCGACCUUUACCAAUGGGCAAACCACCCGGCAUGGAGGCUUUAGCUGCCCCAGCCCUGCGUACACCUAUGUCCAUCGCCGGUUCAUAUGCAUCCCCAUUUGCCAUGAUGGGUCAUCAUGAGAUGAAUGGAUCCCUUACCAGUCCAGGCGUGUAUCCAGGUCUUAUUUCGCCACAGAUGAGUGCUGCAGCUGUUGCCGCCUAUGGACGCUCGCCAAUUGCAGGGUUUGACCCUCAUCCUCACAUGAGAGCUCCAGGCCUGCCAGCAAGCCUGACUUCUGGAGGAAAGCCAGCUUAUUCUUUUCAUGUCAGUGCAGAUGGUCAGAUGCAGCCCGUGCCCUUUCCUCCAGAUGCACUGAUAGGCCCUGGGAUCCCGCGGCAUGCUCGUCAGAUCAACACACUGAGCCAUGGAGAAGUGGUGUGCGCCGUCACCAUCAGCAACCCCACACGUCAUGUCUACACUGGUGGAAAGGGUUGUGUCAAAAUCUGGGAUAUCAGCCAGCCGGGCAGUAAGAGCCCAGUGUCCCAACUCGACUGCCUGAACAGAGACAAUUACAUCCGCUCCUGCAAGCUGUUGCCUGAUGGCCGCACCCUGAUAGUGGGUGGCGAGGCCAGCACGCUGACCAUCUGGGACUUGGCUUCACAGACACCCCGGAUAAAGGCAGAACUCACUUCUUCUGCUCCAGCCUGUUACGCACUGGCCAUCAGCCCUGACGCCAAGGUCUGCUUCUCCUGCUGUUCUGAUGGAAACAUUGCCGUCUGGGACCUCCAUAACCAGACCCUUGUCAGACAAUUCCAGGGCCACACAGAUGGAGCAAGCUGUAUUGAUAUCUCCCAUGAUGGGACCAAACUGUGGACCGGAGGGCUCGACAACACAGUCCGCUCCUGGGAUCUGAGAGAGGGUCGACAGCUCCAGCAACAUGAUUUUACCUCACAGAUCUUCUCGUUAGGUUAUUGUCCCACUGGGGAAUGGCUGGCUGUGGGUAUGGAGAGCAGCAACGUGGAGGUGCUUCACCACACCAAGCCUGACAAGUACCAGCUGCAUCUGCAUGAAAGCUGUGUGCUUUCACUCAAGUUCGCCUACUGUGGUAAAUGGUUUGUGAGCACAGGGAAGGACAACCUGCUGAACGCAUGGAGGACCCCUUAUGGUGCCAGCAUAUUUCAGUCAAAGGAGUCGUCCUCCGUCCUGAGCUGUGACAUCUCGGCAGAUGACAAAUACAUCGUGACAGGAUCUGGUGACAAGAAGGCCACCGUCUACGAGGUCAUCUAUUAGAGAGGAUUUCUAUUUCUUUUCCUGAACAACUGUGGACUACGGCUGUUUGAGGCAAACUACACUUGUGGGAUUAAGGAGCGCUGUUGGCCAAUGGAUGUACUGGAAACAAGUUACUUUUUUGUCCCUUUGUUUUAGGAUGGCACGUUUUAUCCUGUUCUGAGAGUCUUCCCCCCCCCCCCCCCUUUCAGAAUAUUUGGAUGUAACCUGGUGAAGCAGAGCUUCAUUUCUGAGAAAUUUAUUUCCCAGACAUCUUGUGCAAAAUGUACAUAUCGGAUUAAAUAACAAUUUUUAUAUAUAUAUAUAUAUAUAUUAUAAAAAUAUAUAUAUUUUCAUGUCCUGGGUGUACUUGUGAUUAUCGUUUUGGUUCACUCAUGUCCGUAAUAACCGAGUGACAGACCAGAACAUGGACACAAACUUAAACUAUUUUAAGCAGAUUUUCUUAAAGCACAUUCUGCUGGCUGAUAUUUACAAAAAUCAAACUGAGGAGCACGGAUCUCUGCACAUAGGAGUCUGUGGAGAUUUGAAAAUGGCCUUUUGUCACAGUGCUCUUACCGGAUGAUAAAAACUUUCUGGAUCUGCAACACAGAGCCCUUUGACUCAGGUGGAGCUUUGGCUGGAUUGGACCAUUCUGGGAUCAAAGGGAGGACACAAUGACACAAUUCAGGAACAGAAAUGGAUGUAAAUUUACAUACAUGUACAAAGGAGAAAAAAAAAAGCUUACAAGUGUACAAAUUGUUUUGCUCUGUCUGUGCUUUUGUUCUACCUUGUUUGUGGGAGAGGGGGUGUUGACAUUUAGCCUAACCUUUGGACCUCAUUCCACAGCAGAGGCAUUGCGACAGGCUUAAACUGAAGACUGUGUGCUACUGCUAACUUGACGUAAUACAAAUGUUGAUUGCGCCACAGAUUUUUAGUCAGGCUAAAUUCAAACAGUCCAGUCGUGCCAAUGGGAUCCCUCUGGCUUUUGUAUCUUAUCAAUAUUCCUGGAAUAUGUUUGUUUGGCUGUUACAGGGAAGCAGACCGCACACAUCAGUCUGUCUUCACAGAAAUGUUUAGUGCCUGUAAAUGCUCGCGAGGACAGAGGGAAGCGCAUUUAGAUGUAAACAAAUACUCAAGUUAGCAAAUCAAAAUGAGGGUUAAUAAUUCUGGUUUGUAAACUGUGUUCCUGUCAGCAUUUACAACAAGAAGAUAAAAGGGGCAAAAUGCAGCUCUUAUUCACACCAAAGUAUGUAGCAAAUGCUGUCGGCACCGAAAACAAACCUUUGGUUGUUAAUAAAUCAAUAAAAUUGUUUUUCUAGAA